CUAACAACUAGAUAGCUGAAAAAAACACUAAAAAGCAAAGAUAACUAUGAAUUUAGAUUUAAGAUUGAUUGUGCGGCUCCUGCUUGCCAUUCUACUGGGCUCUUUGAUAUCCACGGUUUUAAUGGGCACUCAAAUGCACAGAAGAAUUAUGGAAUCUAUGGUAAACAAAAUCAACCAAAAGGUUACCCGUUUCGAAACAGAGAUCCCAAAAAGACAGCUCCCACUAACUUUAUCCCAAAAUGAAUUGGAUAUUUUCAAAACCCAGCGCAAUGUAAACUUUCGCUUGCCACAUCAGACAGCUGUCAAGGAUUGGCACGAUCAUGUGGUCAUCAAGGCGGAUAAAUCCAGGAUCGGAUUGGGUGAGCAAGGAAGGCCUGCCGAAAUACCAAACACCAAUGAAAAGGAAGAGACGGUUGAACUCUACGAAAUUCAUGGUUUUAAUGCCCAGCUUUCCGACCACAUUUCAUUAAGUAGAUCCUUGCCGGAUAUUAGACCUUUGAGUUGCUGGAAUCGCAAAUAUCUAGAGAGGUUGCCCAAUGUGACUGUAAUCAUCGCUUUUCACAACGAACACCUCAGUGUGCUUUUACGAUCCAUAACGAGCAUUAUAAAUCGCUCACCUCCCGAGUUACUCAAGCAGGUUGUUCUAGUGGACGAUGGUAGUAAUUUCUCGGACUUGGGACAAAAACUAGAUGACUUUGUGACAAUUAACUUUCCCAGUAUAGUCGAAAUACUGAGACUUACAGAGCGACGUGGUUUGAUUAAAGCGCGGAUGGAGGCAGCCAAAAUAGCCAGCUGCCAAGUUCUGGUCUUCCUGGAUUCCCACAUAGAAGUCAAUAAUAAUUGGCUACCUCCCUUGCUGGAACCAAUAGUAAUUAAUCGGAGUAUUGUCACUGGUCCCAUUUUGGAUAUAAUCUGGCACAAAACAUUUGCGUACACGAAGUAUAAUUCGCUCACCCGUUCCGGUUUUAAUUGGUGGCUUCAGAUUCAGAGGCUACCGGUUUUCCCCGAAGAUCAAGGAUUCGGGUCCACGCCGUACCGAACUGCGUUGCUUGUGGGCGUGAUGGCCAUCGACAGGGAUUACUUCUGGAAUCUGGGGGGAUACGAUGAAGAGCUGGACAUCUGGGGCGGCGAGCAGUUUGAGAUGAGCUUUAAGGUGUGGAUGUGUGGCGGCAUGAUGCUAUAUGUUCCCUGCUCCCGAGUGGGCCACAUAAACAGAGGUCCCAUGAGCCCGAAGCCGAACCCAAGGAGUUACAAUUUUCUAGCCACAAACUACAAGCGCGUGGCUGAAGUCUGGAUGGAUGAGUACAGGAAAUACGUAUACGACAGGAACCCCGAGCUCUAUGAGAAGAUUCAGGUGGGAUUGCUUUCCGGUAGGAAGUCCUUGAGAAGAGCUUUGCAGUGCAAGUCCUUUGCCUGGUACAUGGACGCAGUGGCUCAGGACUUCCUGAACAAGUUUCCAACUGUGGAUGUAAAUCCAAUGGCGGUGAUCUCGGGGCCCAUUGAAAGUGUGGCCUAUCCCGGAUUCUGCGUGGACUCCCUAGAUCGAAAGCACAAACGACCGGUGGUUCUCUCUCGCUGCAUGGGAAAUAGAACGAAGUCCGGUGAAUAUCAGCAGUGGCACCUAACAAAGGACCAGGAGAUUCGGCUGAUGGACGGUGGCGAUUGCCUGGAAACCCAAGGCAUCAAGUCAAAAUCCGUGUGGCUUUUUCACUGUCACGAAAACGGAGGAAAUCAGUACUGGUUCUACAACCGCCGCCAUCGGUGGAUCCAACAGGGCCAGAUGUGGAUAUGGUGCCUCGAAGCCCAUUUGCCGAAUGGUCAAGAGGUUGGCAAGGUGCUGUCCAACAAUGCCUGCCACAAAAACAAUCCCAAGCAGCAGUGGAAGUUUGGAGAAAUCGCUGUCCAUGAUCCGCAAACGCAAUACCGAGGAGCCUAAUUAAAACCAUGGAAUUAACUUAUACAAUAUCAACAGAAGAAUUAUUUAAAUUCAUACUAUUAAUUAUAUCAAAUAUCAAAUAGGAUAAUUUCGAUUAAAAUAUUAAAAA